GUUAAAAAGUCUUUAAUCUUGACAAUGAUAUUUUAGAAAUUUUUAAAAAUUCAUAUUAUAUCGAGUUUAUUCAUAAUAUUAUUUUUAUCUGUUAUAAAUGAAUUUUAUAGUAUCCGACUUUGUACCAACAAAGGGUUAAAAUGUACAUUUGAAGAUAGCCCAGGAAGUUAAGAGAGAGUGUCAUUGAAUUAAGGGGUAAAAUUGUAUAUUCGGAAGAUAGCCCCAAAAAAAAAUCUCCAGCAUGAAUUAUUGGUUAUUUAAAUAUUAAGGGUCUAUUUAGUUGUGGAAAACUUAAAUUGUUCUCUAGAGAAGUCUUUUAAGAAAAUAGGAAAGUAAAAUUUUCUUAUUUUUCUUUUGAGAAAAGAUCAUUUCCAUUCGAAAAGAAUACCAAUGCUAAUGCUAAGGGUGUCUUGUUAAAAAAACCUUCCAAAACAAAAAAGAAAAAUCUUGGAAGGAGAAAGAGUGCAGACCAAAACAAGGUUAGAAAGAGCAUACAAGAACUAAGGCAAAUUUGCCAAAGCAAGGUAAGGAAUCCACAUGGGGGAUUCAUUCUCAAGCCAAAUCCUCUCACCAUCCAGUCUCAUACCAAGCCUAGCUAAAGAAUCAGCAACAAAAUUACAAUGUCUUUUAACACCACUGGAAUUGCAAAAACGAAAUAAACUUGCUAAUGACAAAAUAUCAGCUACAAGAACACCACACUCCGAGAGCACAAGAGCCACAACACCCGUAGCAUCAGAUUCCACAAUUAAAUCCAUAAAAUCGCAAUCCAAUGCUAUACAUAAGCCUUCCCGCAUUCCUAAUAAUUCUGUUGUUAUCACCGAUGCCAUCCUCUCCUCCUUCCGUGCAAAUACAGCCAUUAUAAAGCCUUCACUGUCCCGUAUUACAGCUAGGCAUGGCAGUCGAACGAAUAUUUUCAGUUAGUUCAAAUGAAUGGUAAUUGUCCCAUGACCAGUGGGUUAGCAGAACUAAAUCAUGAUGUACAGGAUGAACACAAGGAAACAAGGGAUGGGGACAAGGGUGAGGGUCAGGAGCUUUCCGUGGAAGAUGAGUCACGAAUCAAUGAGGACGUCGAAGAUGAUAGUAAUGGACAUGUGGAAGUAGUGCAGGUCCAGGGCCAUGCUCAGUCUACCAAGAGACAGCAACAUUCUCAAGGGCCUUUAGUUUGCUGGGAAAGGUUUCUGCCACUCCGAUCACUUAAAGUUUUGCUGGUCGAAAAUGAUGAUUCAACUCGCCAUGUUGUUGGUGCAUUGCUUAGAAAUUGUGGCUAUGAAGUUACAGCUGUUGCAAAUGGUCUUCAAGCUUGGAAACUUCUAGAAGAUCUAACCAAUCAUAUUGAUCUAAUUUUAUCUGAGGUAGCCAUGCCUUGUUUAUCGGGAAUUGGCCUUUUAUGCAAGAUUAUGAACCACAGAACCUGCAAGAAUAUUCCUGUGAUUAUGAUGUCAUCUCAUGAUUCCAUGAAUGUAGUCUUUAAGUGUUUGUCAAAGGGUGCACUUGACUUUUUAGUGAAGCCUAUUCGAAAGAAUGAGCUUAAAAACCUUUGGCAGCAUGUUUGGAGGAAAUGCCACAGCGUGAGUUGCUAUAGUUAUGCCACUUUAUGUAAGGAACUACAUGAUGGACCAAUUUUGGACUCUAAAUUUCAGUCUAGUGGUAGUGGGAGUGAAAGUGAUAUACGGACUCGAAAAUCCACAAGUCCUGAAGAGUCGGAUAACAACACUGGCAGCAAUGAUGAGGAUGACAUUGGAAGCACUGGUUUGAAUGCAAGAGAUGGCAGCGACCAUGGAAGUGGUACUCAGAGCUCUUGGACAAAGAGGGCCAUUGAAGUUGACAGCCCAAAACUAAUGUCACCAUGGAACCAGGUAGCUGACCCUCCUGACAGCACCUGUGCCCGAGUGAUACAUUUAAUACCAGAAGCAUUGAGCAACAAAUGGGUGCCUGUGACCACGACAAAGGAGUGCGAGGGACAGGAUGAUGACCUUGGCAAUGUUGUUUCGGGAAAGGACUUGGAGAUCGGUGUUCCCAGAAUUCCAAACUCGCAGGUUGAACACCCAAGUGAAAAAGUAGCAGCUAAUAUAGCAGACAGUAAUGGAGAGAAACUUCCUGAAACUAUUUCAAAGAAGGAUGGUGAGCAAAAGGAGAAAACAAACCUAGAGCUUAAAAGUGAGGAACCCGAUGGAGAAUCAAGAAACCAACCUGUUGAUUUUAUGGGCAUAACCACUAACAGCGCUGAUCCUAGUGUAGUUUUUGACGUCCCAAAAGCCUCCAAUCAAAACGACGAGGUUGCCCAUGAAAGUAAGGGGAUCCCUUGUCUUGAGCUUAGUUUGAAGAGGCUUAGAGAUGUGGGAGAUACCGGGACCAGAGCUAAAGACCGAAACGUGCUUAGACAUUCAGACCUCUCAGCAUUCUCAAGGUAUAACUCUGCUUCAACUGCUAAUCAGGCUCCAACAGGGAAUGUGGGUAGCUAUUAUUCCCUUGAUAAUAGUUCAGAGGCAGUAAAAACAGACUCGAUGCAAUAUUUUCAAUCUAGUUCAAAUAGUACCCCUUCCAAUCAGCGUUCUAAUGGUAGUAGUAACAAUAAUGACAUGGGUUCUACCACUAAUAAUGCUUUCACCAAACCAGUGGCAUCCAACGAUAAUCCUGCACCGAAAUUGACAGUUAAAGGUCCCAAUCCCUCUUCUGCUUUCCAUGCAGUGCAGAAUGGCCAUAUGCCCGUCCCUCAAUCUGGUAAGGUUGAUGAUACAGUUGCUAACAAUAUUUUAGCUCAAGCAAGAGACAUGAACAACCAAGUCCAGGUGGAACACCACCAUCACCAUCACCAUCACCACCACCACCAUGUUCACAGCAUGUCCCAGAAGCAGCAGCAGCAGCAGCUUGCCAACCAUGACAGUCUGUCUCAGAAAAAUAUGGCAGUGGCAGCUCCCCAGUAUGGGUCAUCCAACAUGUUGAGCGUGCACAUCGAUAGUGUUGGUAAUUAUCGUAUGAACGGGGGUGCCUCAGGAAGUGACCACGGAAGCAAUGGACUGAACGAGAGCAGUGUCGCUCUAAAUCUCAAAAAAACAAAUGCAGAAAGAGAUAAUGGAGCAGCUGAAAAAGCUGGAGCAGCAUGUGGAACUGGCAGCAGAACUGCAGUUGAUCAUAACCGUUCUGCCCAAAGAGAGGCAGCUUUGAACAAAUUCCGCCAAAAGAGGAAAGAGAGAUGCUUUGAGAAGAAGGUUCGAUACCAGAGCAGGAAAAAACUGGCAGAACAGAGACCACGCGUUCGAGGGCAAUUUGUACGACAAGUGACGCAUGGAAAUAAAGAAAAGGAUGAGCAUAGCUAACAACCCUAUUCCCAGAUUAUGUGCAUGAGAUUGGCACGAGCUGUGUAAAUGGAGGGAGCAUUAAGAUUCCAUUGGGUCUAUAUUUUUGGGUGUUCGGUGCAAUUUAUAAUGCUCUCUAGCAAAGGCCAAAUUCAUUAUUAAACAUAUGAACCUAGAACAUCUGAAACUGUACUUUUUAUGAUUGUGGACCAAUGUGGUUCCUAUACUUACGUAGUAUUACAACCAGAAGGUUAAACCUUGAUAGGUAGUUUUCUAUAAUAAAGGAUCUAGACUUGGUGU